UGCCGUUUGAAUGUAUUCAGGAAAUGAGCAGCCAGUUUCGCAACCGGUCUUGAGGAUGGUAUUAUUUUACUGUUAGCUUAUUGAGGCUUUUAAAUAGCUCUAACUUGAUUCUCUAAGUUCUUGUUAAAAUAUAUAUUUUUUAAAGGUUUGUUUGUAACUUAAAGCUAUGUUUAAUCGCUUGGACUCUCUGAAAAACGAACAUUACUUAUAAGAUAUGUAGCUAGCGUUUGUUGGUUAGCUUGACGACUGCAACGUAUGCGGAAUCUAGCCUCUAUAGAUACUUAUCAUUAUGUAAAAUUUGUGACACUUUUUGUUUCGUGUUGAGCUUUUGGAUGAUUACUAGUUUUUAUACGUUCAACUUUACAUUAAUUGAGAGAUCCGAGGAAGCGAUUCUGUUGGAAAAACUGUGUUUUUAGGUGGAGCUGGAUCCCGUUUGCUUUUUUUUCCGCAACGGGGGAGAAAGUGAACAGCUGCACAGAGCAUUUAUUUGAGUAAUCGCUUGAAAAACAUGAAAGUCAUGGAGAAAAAUGUGAUGCGUUUAGCGGCUGUUCAGCAUCUCCGCGCUGCUUAUGGGAUAAAAAUAAAGAACUGGAACAAAAACAAAGCAGCAAGCUGUAAGACGACAGCCAAUUCGCAAAAAGUUUUUGGCGUACCCCUGGACAGUUUGCCGUACUACAACAUGGAAUGUGGAAGUGUGCCAAGCUUUCUGGUUGAUGCUUGCAUGAAACUGCUUGCACACGUUGAAACAGAGGGUCUAUUCAGGAAACCAGGCUCAGUAGUUCGCCUAAGAGAACUCGGGGCUAAGCUUGAUGCAGGAGAAGAGUGUUUGGCAACAGCUCUUCCUUGUGACGUGGCAUGUUUGGUAAAGCAGUUCUUCAAGGAGCUCCCAGAGCCCAUUUUGCCCACAGAGCUUCAGGAUGCCUUUUUCAAGGCCCAGCAGCUCCCCUCUGAAGAGGACAGAACCUCUGCUACCAUGCUGCUGUCCUGCGUGCUGCCAGACAAAAACAUUAGUGUGCUGCGUCACUUUUUUGAUUUCCUUUCCAGUGUUUCCCUGAGAAGUGCAGAUAAUAAAAUGGAUAGCAGUAAUUUAUCUCUCAUGUUGACCCCAAACCUCCUUCACUCUGUGGACGGAAAGGAGAAGAUGAACGCCAACACACACAAGCGCGUUAAAUCGAAGGCAGCCAUUGUGCAGUGCUUCAUAGAGAAUGCCAACAGCUUUGGUGUCCUACCUCAGUUUCUUCGAGAGAAAGUUCCUGCCAUGAUGGGCUGUGAACCAGGCACCACAUCUCCCACUCAGGAUGAAGCAGAAGAGAUGGAGCUAAACUCAGGGGUGAAGAAGAAAAAGAGACACAGCUUUGGAGAUAUGGUCUGUGGUGCACUGAAUAAAAUAAAAACUAAUAGAACUCCAACAAAAAUCACCAAACCAAACAGUCUUGUCUUUCCUUCAAUGACUCCUGUAACAACGCCGUCCUCAAAGAGAAAGCUCCCUUUCGACCCUCGUCCUUCGUUUGGCUUUUCAAACAAGAAGCGUAGAUCUGUUAAAAAGAACCUUGGGAUAGAACUGCUCCCCAGCACUUUCUCCAGCGGGACCUCCACUCCUGGUUCUGCCUGCAGUGCUUCAGGAGUCCUGGAAUCGUCCCAGCAUGUUUUGUCGCCGGCAGGAAGGUCUAUAAGGCUCCCAUCUACCUCUAUAAGAAGAAAGAGCAAACGGUUUAGCAACAGGCAUGUUGUCAAUAGGAUUGAAUCUGGAAGAGCUGGCUGCUUUUCUCCAAAAGUCACCAAGAAAGAAGCCCCCCUUAAAUCUCUGCGCUCGCGUUUCAGCCUGGGAAAGGGAAACAAAGAUGCUGGGUCUGAGUCCAUUGGCAUGCGGCUUGCCACUCAGGAGAGCACCACGGGUUUCCUUUUCAACAACGAGUUGGAGUUUACUCCAUCAAAUCCUGGCAGAAAAACUGAAUCAAGGGGUUCCAAAUACAUUAGUAAGUCAGAAGAUAACCUGCUGACCCCCCAGUGUAAAUCGAGUACUCACCAGGCCUCAUGGAUUGUGGAGACCCCUGUUGCAGCACAUGCUUUAAACAGAUUGCCAUUCACAGAUACUCCGCUAAACACAUGUCUUAAGGGCAGUUACAUGUCUGAGCCCGCCAUUGAUUCCAAGCAGUCACCGGUGAACAUUCUUCCCAAGAAGCUGUGCUGCGCAUCCAGUUCAGAGAGCCUGGAAAGUGCGCGCUCGCUUACUGAACUGCUGGGACGUGAUCCAGCUAUAAAUAUCCAGAAUGAUGCCAAAGAGCUGGAGAGUGACCUCCAAGCUUCAAAAUGGGAUUUCAACAGCCCAGCUGGAGAAAUUGGGAUUAAAUCAUCAACAAAGGUUCUUGGAACUCCAUCUUUGGCCUUUGACAUUAAUACCUCUUCCCCCUCAAGUCAGGCAGAUGAAAAUGUUACUUUUGGUCAAUUCAAUAUUGAGGCACUCACUCCUUUGCAUAUUGAUAGUGGAGUUUUUGACUAUAAUGAACCAUUCAGUCCAGUCACUAACAAAUGUUCAUCCCCUUCGUUCGGUCGCUGUAGCAAAUUAGGGUCAGUGGAAGGAGUGCCACAGUUGAACUGCAGCAGGCUGAUUGACGCUUUGGACAUGCAGAGUCCUGCUCAUUUCACACUCAGUGUCUCUUCUGGGCUCCAAUCGACUCCAUACAAGCAUGGUGUUGAACUCAAAGAAGAACCAAACACGCCAAAGACACCUGAAACUUUGGAAAGCAAACCACAGCAGGAGCUAAAAAUGUCCCCAGAGGCUGGAGCUGAAGACCAACACCAACCGUCCACCUCACCAGAUGGCCAGAAGACCAACAAACGCCGAGUGGUAGAUCACAUUCAACACUUCAACAAGCUCACCCUUUACUCUCCUCCAAACUCAAAGAGCAAUCAAGUGAAAUCUCCAAUCAAGUUCCAGCGCACCCCUGUACGAGUGACUGUACGCAGGAUCAACUCACUGACAGGAGAGGACAGGAGACCCAAUAAACUAACAGAUCACGCUGACCCCGUGUCAAAGGCUGUGAGUUUAGAAAGUGGCCUGUCACCUCACCCAAAGCUGCGGCCUCAUGUAGGGCGGUCUAAUAGCACGGUUCCUGUAAAGAAACCCCCACCUGUCCCACCAAAAAGGCUUAGCACUUUGCCUCGAAAACUCAAGCCCUGCGCUCUGGGUGACAUGACCAAUAAAGUUCAACCAAAAGCCAAAGAGGAAUGCAUUGCCUCUGAUCCACCAGCAGCCCAGAAACCUCUUGUUGUACAGCAGGUUAAAGAGAAUAACAGGAGCCAUUACAGAGGAUCUCCAAGAAACCCUCUCAACCAUGGUGGACUUCUGUCUGCUACAAAACCUGUCAACUUAUAGGAGAUACCCAUCUUUCAGAUGUUUUUUUUUUUUUUCUUUCUUUGUUUUUGCAAUGUGGGAUAAUAAAUAUUCUCCCAUAUUUUUCCUCUUAUUUAUUUUGCAUUUGUUUUUUUUUUCUGAGCUUUUUGGGAGAUACUCAGAUGCCUUAUGUUAAAUAACAUAUCAUUCUGUGAGGUUGUUGAGAUCACAAUGUGCAGGAUAACUGAUGUAAAAUGAUAAUAGUUGGUGGUAUGACUGCAGAUGUGUGAGCGUGAUGCCUUUAUUUAAAAGAACUCUUGACUUGGCAUCUUAGGAGGAAAUAUUUUUGAAGAUUUUUUUCGUUCUUGGUCAUGAACUGAAAAGAAGCAAAACAAUCUGGAUUUAUGGAUGAGAGAAAAGCCAAACAGUGUUGGUAAAUCUACAUCUAUUCUUCAUUUUUUUUCUUUUCUUUUUCAAGUGCUGUGAAAUGCUUUGGACAAAUAAAAAUGGCUUCAUACUUCU